AUGGUGCAGACCCUUUCAAGCCGUCAGAGUGGGUGGCAUCAGAAUAGCAUCGGAUACGCCUCGGGCGUUGCUUUUCAGUACACGGCGAGUGAACAAAACUACUUCUACGCUGUAUUUGAGGAAGAGGGGUGUUCACUGACUGUGGAGGCGCCUGAGACCUCUCUCACGGCCAAGUUGUUUUGUGUGCCCAGAAACCCGACUGAUGAUUUUGUGCUGUGGCAAAAUCCCAAUUCCGAGCAUUUGUACGACUCAGAGUCGAAAACCCUGUAUAGCGAGUGCUCAAACACCACCCAGGGCCUGCAAAUGGCUUCAUUCAUUGGAGGGUCACUGACUGAAAUGGCGGUCAAUGACACUGUCACCAUCAAGUGUGUGGUCGAUAUUCAGCCAUCCCCAUCUGCCACCCCAUCGGCCACGGUGUCUCCAGUAUUGUCCACGAAAAUGUCGGAUUUAAGCAGCAGCGCAGCAACGGCUACGGAUACGAAUACAGCCACAGUGACGGAUGAUGGGAGCUCGGUCCCUUCGCCUUGCACACCCAAUCCGUGUCUGAACGGAGGCGUGUGCACGCUUGCGACCAAUACAACAGACCUGCCCGUAGAUGCGUACACGUGUGCGUGUGAGGAAGGAUAUGCGGGUGCUAUGUGCGGUACUAUUGUGGGCUUGAAUGCAUGUGCGGCCAAUCCUUGCUUGAACAACGGACUCUGCGUCAACGAUGGAACGGGUAUGUACCAGUGCACCUGCUUAGAGGGUUAUGAGGGGGUCAAUUGCCAGGUGCCAACCCCAAUUGACGCCUGUAGCGCAGCACCCUGCUUGAAUGGAGGCACGUGCCAGAGUAGUUCUAUUAAUAGCACAGCGUACACGUGCGAGUGCCCGGAGGGAUACGUGGGUACCAACUGCGAAUCAAUGGAUUAUUGUCAGAGCUCACCAUGCGUUAAUAACGGCACAUGCACCACAACCGACACAACUUUCACGUGCGACUGCGGCACAAAUUGGUCGGGCAACACCUGCGCAGAAGCAGUGGACCAGAGUUCACCAUGUGUCACAGAGCCGUGCAAGAAUGGGGGCGUGUGCUAUGAAGUGACCUCAGUUAACCGGCAGCUGCUGUUUGGAUGCGCGUGUGUGGGUCUGUGGACAGGUGAUACAUGCUCGUUCACGUACAUGACGCUGGUGGAGGGUGAUCUCAGCACGUUUGAUGCA